CAUUUCAGCUCCUCCUUCCCCUCUCUCACUCUAUAUCUAUAUCUAUAUAACAUAUAUUAUACUCCGAUGAUCGGGAGCAGAGGACAAGAUAUUUUUCCGAUACAGUUCAUCGUGCGUUUAAGCAUAUGAAAAUUCCGAUCAUCGGCGUCUAUAGAGAGGUUAAAGUUUUUCCAGUUUCUCUCAUCCGAUUCUUCCGCUUUCUUUUGUUACACAGUUGAAACUGGAAAAGAUUCUUUGAUCGAUCCAUAUAUACUUAACGCUUAAGCUAACGGUUGUAUAUACAGAUAUACGUGUGUAUAUAUUCGGUUUGAUCGCUGUGUGUGGAUAAAUAUAUACGGAGUUGAGAGUUGAGAGUAGUGAUGUUGGAUCUCAAUUUGAGUGUAUUGCACUGCGACGAGAGUGCAUAUGAGAGGCUUCGAGAAGGUUCCAGAGCCGAUGAAUCCGGGACGACGAGCUCGCACUCGUCGCAGAUGAAUGCCAAGAUAUCCGGCAAUGCCGGUGUGGAAGACACCUGCUCCACGCGCGGCCGCGACGUGUUUUCCUUAAAUUUUGAGAUCCUCAAGGCCGGGAGAGGGAACGAUGACGGUUACGAAAGUCGGCGGGUGACUCGUCCGGUGUUCGUGACGCGGCAGCUGUUCCCGGUAAGCGAGGGCGAAUUGAACCGGGUCGAAGCAUCCGGGCAGCCUGACAGGGAGGUGAAUCUCUCUUUCUGUCAAGCAGAGGUGGGAAGGGUAGAGCAAAACCACCACCAGCAGCCGCCGCCUCAGCCUCAGCCGCAAAAGGUGAAGAAGAGCCGGAGAGGGCCGAGGUCUCGGAGCUCACAGUAUAGAGGAGUCACUUUCUACAGAAGAACCGGUAGAUGGGAAUCGCAUAUCUGGGACUCCGGCAAACAAGUAUAUUUGGGUGGAUUUGACACUGCUUAUGCUGCAGCUAGAGCAUAUGAUCUAGCAGCACUUAAAUUCCGGGGAGUUGAUGCUGACAUAAAUUUCAGUAUAAGUGAAUAUAAGGAUGGAAUGAAACAGAUUAAAAGCCUGAAUAAAGAAGAAUUUGUACAUAUGCUACGCCGCCAGAGCACUGGUUUCUCAAGAGGGACCUCCAAAUACAGAGGAGUGACACUGCAUAAAUGUGGCAGAUGGGAGGCUCGGAUGGGGCAGCUCCUAGGCAAAAAGUAUAUUUAUCUUGGACUAUUCGACAGUGAAGUAGAAGCUGCAAGGGCUUAUGAUAAGGCAGCUAUCAAAUUUAAUGGGAGGGAGGCUGUUACUAACUUUGACCCCAGUACAUAUGAUGGACAAACAAUCUCUAACCCACUAAAUGAAGGUAGCCAGCAUGAUCUUGAUCUGAACUUGGGGAUUAUAACCUCUUCUCCUAAAGAAAACAGGAACACAGGAAAUCUCCAGUACCACUUGCUCCAUUCAGGAACAUCAGAUAUGGAUAAAUCUGGCGAAACAAAACUUGUUAGUCCAGAUCUCAAUGCAAGAUUGAUACCAUCUGAACAACCUCAACUGUGCACUGGAGUCUAUUCAAAUGUCUAUCCUAAAUCCGAGGAUUGGCAGCAAAUGGCAAGUGAGAGAAGGAUGGAGGUGUGUUCUUCACAAGGAGCGCUAAAGUGGGGGAGCCAAAGACAUGGUCACAUUGGCACUACAAACAUGGUAGCAAUGUUGUCAGCAGCAUCAUCAGGAUUCUCAACUCCACCUACCACAAAGUCUGUUGCUGUUUCAGUUUCAACUUCUCCCAUCACAGCUCCCAAGGUGACAUCCCUGAAUCUUUGCUUCGCGUACCCCAAUGCAUCAACAAAUACACCUACCCAAUCCUAUUACCAGCAGGUCAGGCCACCACAAUAGCCUAACGUCUUCGAUCUAUUGACUAUUGAAUAUUGAUUGCAGUAGAUAAGAUUGUGACUCUUUUGUACAAUUACUGUUGAUUGAUCACAUACAGCUUUUGUAACUUCAGAGCAGUAUAUGCAUUAUUAUAGAGCAACAACAAUGAUAUAGCCAAAUGAAAUAUCAAGAUUAAAUUUCAAUUGCAAUUUGCAAUGAUAGGUCUCGAUGUGAUAUAGCACAGACCUGGGGUGUGUAUAGAUGCCAAAGAUUCAUCUACAGCAAUUCAAUGCUACUUACAC